CACACACACACACAGCAGCUGUUUAACUUCAUGUUUGUCACUUCACUGAGUCCAGAUGGAGAACCAGGACCAGGACCCGGACCAGGACCGGGACCAGCUCCGGGUCUGCGUGCUCUCGGUCGGUCUCUUCCGGCUCAUUAAAACACUUCACUGGCUCUAAUUAACCGUCACGUGACUUCCCGCCAGGCUCAGCUGGAGCCGUCCCGGAGCUCCGGGACCGGCCCGGUGACUCCUGAAGAUUUACAGCCGCAGACCGAGCGCUGACAGCGGGGCGUUAAUCAUCAGAGCCCGCUGCUCCCUCUCUCUCUCCCGGUGAGACUUUACAUACAGACCCGGGACAUCUACACAGUCCCGGUCCGGUCCGGUACCGCCUGGUACUGCCCCGCCCCCUCCCCAUCAUAUUCAGCUCCGCCUGCCGGGACCGGACAGACACCGAGCGGACACCGAGAGCGGAGCGCCCCGUCCCGCAGAGAUGUCAUCCUCCGUCCUCGUCCUCGUCCUGUUGGUCGUGGCAGUCCGGAUCUCGCCGUCUGUCGGUCAGUCCAGCGAGCUGUCAGACCUCACCUGUUAUGACUGGGGCGAGUCCAGAGAGGGGUCGGUUCUGGAGGGGGAGGUCGGUUGGCUGUCCUGUCCUCUUUUCUCUCAUCCCUCCGUCUACAACUACACCUCCAGCCAGAGCGCCGGGCACAACCUGUUCUGGUACCACCUGCCGGACGGUCACGACCUGGAGCAGCCGAUAAAGUACAGCUCGCGGAUCAGCAAAGACAGAGAGAGGCUGUGGCUGCAACCGGCCACCGGCGCCGACACCGGACUCUACAUCUGUAUGCUACGGAACCGGUCCUCCUGCAGUAAGAUGUCCAUGCGUCUCAGGGUUCUGCGGCCCGACGAGGUCGCCCGCGGCUCCGACUGCGAGCCUCCGGUCGCCGUGGUGCCGACCCACCUGAACAUCGGGCUGCAGGAGGGGCGGGGCCUCGACUGCCCGGACUACCAGGACGCCGCCAAGAUGGCCGACAGCGAGCCGACUGUCACCUGGCAACACCUGUGUGACGUGUACCCGUUCUGGAGCGGGGACCGUCAGCAGCGUGGUUCCCGUCUUCAGGUCCACAUCAUGCAGGACUCUUAUCAGGGCUUGUAUUACUGCACGGUCCGCUUCAUGAAGAGAGGACGGCAACUCAACUUCACCAGAAGCAUCAACGUCACGGCCGUGUACUCGAAGUCUGUGAACAAAUUACCGACCAUCUUUCAUCCGGCUGAAGAGCAGAUCUACACGGUCAAACAGGGCACCGAGGUGCGUCUGGUCUGUAAAGGUCUGUUCCCUCAUCUGGACUCGGCGCGGGACAUCUGGUGGACGGUGGACGGGAAGACGCUGGACAAACAACCUGAGCAUCAGCGAUUCUCCAGCCACAACAGACAUGUGAAGUAUGACUACGGGGACCGGACGGAGGAGAGCGAGCUCGUGAUCAAGGACUUCCAGUCCGAAGACCUGAAGCGGGAGUUUAACUGCUCCGUGAAGAACGAGAGAGGCUUCGCCACCCGCCGAGCUCAGCUGCAGGAGGAGGUGUCGCUGCCCUCGGUGGAGCUGGGUUGUGGUCUCGGGGUGACCCUGGUCCUCAUGCUGCUCCUCUUCGUGGUCUAUCACGUGUUCUGGCUCGAGCUGCUGCUGCUCUACCGCUCGUGGUUCGGCACCGACGAGCGCCACACAGAUGAUAAGGAGUACGACGUGUACAUCUCGUAUGCGAGGAACAGCGAGGACGAGCAGUUCGUUCUGUCGACGCUCCGCGACGUUCUGGAGAACGAGCUCGGAUACAGCGUGUGUCUGUUCGACAGAGACAGUCUGCCAGGAGGGACAAUCACCGAUGAGACUCUGAGCUUCGUGGCUCGCAGCCGGCGCCUCCUGGUGGUGGUCAGUCCGGGCUACGCCUCUCAGGGCUCGCAGGCUCUGCUGGAGCUGAAGGCCGGCAUCGACGGCAUGGCGCUGGGCGGGCACCUGCGGGUCAUCCUGAUCCAGUACAAGCCGGUCCGGAGGAAGGGCUGGGUCAGGGAGCUGAGGCGGGCCCGGGUGGCUCUGGCGCUGGUCCGGUGGCAGGGGGACAAGUCCAAAGAUCUGACGUCCCGGUUCUGGAAGAGGCUGAGGGUGGAGCUGCCCGUGAGGAGGGUCAGCAGGGACGGAGGCGGGAAGGACGUGGCCCUGAUGAGGAUGAUGAGUCAGAACAGCGCCAACUCCCAAACGGGCCUCAUCACCGACACCACCAAAGACCCGCAGAAGGUCCUGAACGCAGCGUAGUCCAGGCCAGGGUCCACUGACCCCCCAACAGAACUUUACAGGUUCAGGACUGUACGGACCGGAUCCAGGGCCACAUGGAGGUCCACAGGUCCUGGUAUCUGGUUCUGGGUCUCUUUUCAUGAACUAAAUGAUGUUUCUGAUCAGAACCAGAACCAGGACCAGAUACUCAGUAUUCUACUACAAAUCCUUCUUUCAGUACUUUACAAAUAUUUUACUUGAUUUUAGUUUAAAGACUGAAAGUCUUAGCAACGCUAGCACCUCUGCUAACGUAUGCUAAGUCAGCGGGAAACAGGCUAACGCGUUAGCAUGACACGUUAUCAGUGACUGAGGACAUCGCGGUGAUAAAAGUGUUCAUGGUUCAUCCUCUGAGGACCACGAAUGUACAGACGAACAUUUGUUGUUAGCAGGCGAGCUAAUCAUAGCUAACUUUAGCUUGCAGACAUUUGCUAGCUUACUAAAAAAAUGCUGACACAUUGCAGUUAGCGUUAGCAGCAGUGGAGCUAAACACAUGUAAAGUUUGUCCUGAAGGUGGCGCUAAGCUUCAGUGUUAGCUGUUAGCCAUCAGUCAUUUCUCACAGUAUCUGUGCAUGUAGCAUCGCGUUAGCUUCACGUCUGACUGCAGUAUUUUACAGUUUUAACAGUUUGUUUGUUUUGACCUCUUCCUGUUUGAAGGUAGAAGCUGAUUGGCCGAGACACCUGUCAAUAAAAACCUUUAGCAAGUGAGCUAACUUUAGCUUAACCAUGCUAACAUGUGCUAGCUACCUAGAAAAUGCUGACUCAUUGCAGCCAUUAAAGGCUAACACUAGCAUGUCUUAGCCUAUCCCAGCUAAGUAGCAUGUUAGCAUGUGUUAUCAUUGUUCAUAAAAUGACCUAGCUCCUAGCCAGCUUUAGAAAACUCCGGCUAACCUUAAGGCUAAUUUUACCUAGCCUAAUUUUAGCUUGCACUACCUAACUUUAUCUAACCUAAGCUAACAUUAGCCAAUUUUGAAGCUAGAAGCUGAUUGGCCGAGACCCCUGUCAAAGACAAACCACCGAGACUCGUUAAGGAAGUUAAUUAACGUGAACUUGGUGCCUCACGGUCGUGCUAACGGCCUCAGAUGAACUGCAGUUUAGCCUGAGGCUAAUAUUAACUCAUGCUAACAGUUGUUAGCAAGUGAGCUAACUUUAGCUUAACCAUGCCAGCAUUUGCUAGCUUAGUAGAAAAUGCUGACUCGUCAUUAAAUGCUAACAUUAGCAUGUCUUAGCAUGUUUAGCAUCCCAGCUAAGUAGCAUGUUAGCAUGUGUUAUCACUGAAAGGCUGAAGUGAAUCGUUAGUGUCAGCGCAGCAAAAGACGACCGUGAAUGUAGCACAGAUAUAAAGCUGUGUGUCGUCUGCGUAGAGGCGUCCUUAAACGCACCACGGAGAGGAAACAAAGUGUGGACGUACGAGACGUUUCCUGAACGUUUGUUUAAUGUUCACUUUGUGUUUUUAUGUCACAUUUCAACAAUAAAAGAGACGAAUCAGUUUUUUAUGAAUCAUCACAUUUCAUGUUUCUGUGAAUAAAUACAUUUCUCCACCA